AUGGGGUCUUUCGCUCAAGCAGUGAAGAAAAACAAGAUAGGGGCGGUGGUUUUAUCAGUAUUUGACUGGUACCCCUCCCACUAUCCUGCAGAAGAGCGGAAGCUGUUGCGGAAACUCGAUCUCGCCAUUUUGGUGUUUGGGAGUCUGUCUUUCUUUUGCAGAUUCCUUGGGCAACAAAAUGUCACCAACGCCUAUGUCUCAGGCAUGCGUGAGGAUCUUGAUUCUCAUGGCAACGAGCUGAAUUACUAUGUCGUUGCUUACAAUACCGCAUACGUCAUUGGACAGAUUCCGCUCAUGACUCUACAAACCAAGGCGAAAAUAGCGCCUUUCUUACUACCUUCCCUCCAGAUUAUCUGGGCAGUCAUUGCCUUUUCUCAGUCUACAAUUAAGCAUAGUUGGCAUUUGUACAUCCUCCGCGCUGUCACAGGCUUUCUCGAAGCUUCCUCAUUCGGCGGCACUCAUCUCAUUUUGGGCAGCUGGUUCAAGAACGAGGAGCUCUUCAAGCGAGCUGGAGUGUGGUUUAUGGGCAAUUCCCUAGGCUCUAUGUUCUCCGGUUACCUACAAGCUGCUGCGUAUCGAAACCUCAAUGGCGUCUUUGGGCGCGCAGGUUGGCGAUGGCUCUUCAUCGUUCAAGGGAUCAUCACCUUGCCCAUAUCCUUCUUAGGUUUUGCGUUCUGGCCUGGUCUGCCCACCUCUCCCAAGAGGUGGUACUUCUCCGCGGAGGAGCAUGCCCUUGCUGUUAAGCGAAUGCCGACGGUCGAGCAAGAAGGUAUUACAUGGAAGACGUUCAAGUAUACGCUCUCAAGACCAAUGUGGUGGAUUUGCGUUCCCUGCUACAUCUUUCUGUGCCAGGCACAUUACUGGACAGGUUAUAUGGCUUUGUGGCUAAAGGCAGCUGGCUACUCUGUUGAGUUGGUGAACAUCUUGCCGACUUUCAUCGACCUUCUACGCGCACUAUCUUCGUGGCUUGGAACUACGUUGGCGGGCUGCUUGAGUCUUAGAGGACUUUGGUCUUUUCAAGCUUCAUUUGUCCUAUUCUCAUGUAUUGUCCUGUCGAUAUGGAAUGUCCCCGACAUUCUCAAGUUCCUCGCAUUCUAUUUCGGAGGGUUUUCUGGAAUGGCAUCUCCGAUCUUGGUAUAUCACCCUCGGUGCUGCGAUAGACUCACUAAGCUAACAAAAGCCCAUCAGUAUUCCUGGUUGAACUCCACGCUCAAAGAAAACUAUGGUGAAAGAGGACUCAUCAUCUCUUCAAUGAUGACUCUCGGAUUCUGUGGACAAAUUUGGAUCCCUCUCUUCACUUUCCCAACUGUAGAAGCACCACGCUAUCCCCACGGAUAUCCCGCAGCUACAGUGUUCGAAGUUGCAAUGUGGGGUUUCCUCAUGUUCGGCACUUGGUACAUGAAGAGAUGGAAGCACAAGCACCCUGAUCUGGAGAUGAGGCUUGCAACCGAAGGAGCAGCCGGGGAAGGCUCUUCAGUCAUCGGAUCUGACUCCGAUAGACCCGAUGGUGAUGGUCCGGCUCCCCAGUACACGGGCAAAGGGGAAGAGGUCGUGGCCACUCAACCUGUGAGCCAGAAAGGUUGAGAGACGUUCUAGAGACUAGAAGUCAAGAGCGUGCAAUGAAUGUCUUAUGAACAUCGCAAAGGCAGAGGAUUUGGCCGUGUUACUUGAUGGAGGUACGCAGGUGU